ACGUCCUAUCCAUACUUGCUUUCGCUUCGAUGCGCUAAGCUCCAAGCUUCAGUCAACAGACCAGUUUAUUAUUGUGCUGCCACAUCGCUAAAAGACGCACCGAGAUUAUAAAUAGUUACCAAUUCUACGCCUGCAGAAGCGCAAAAUUAUUUACAAUGAGUAAAAUACGAUCCGGUGUCAAAUAGGCGCUGAAUAUCGUAUUUUGUUUACCGUGCAAGUGAAGGACUGCCUAAAACUGUAUAAUUAUUGUGUUACCGUCCCCGUGCGAUGUUGGGGGAAAGUUUUGGUUAACAAAUUGGAUCUGAUCGUCAACUGGGACUUAUUGCGAAUGUGUAUUGAAACGUUCAUCGCGAUCCACGGGCGCACUGCUAUGCGCCACGAUUUGGUACAUUUCAUAAGGCACACGUCUUCUGACCACUACUGCGAAGGGAGACUUUAGUUACUAAGGCAGAUCGCUAUUGAUGGCGUUACUGAGUAUCCGUGGUGAUUGGCAUUUGUAUCUCUGGCUUAUAUAUCGCAAAAUCUAUUCAGCUGUCAUAUGGUUGCUUGGCAAUCACUGCCGAGGUGAUAAGAGUCGGUCCGUGAUAAGCGUCGUCGCUGGUAGCCAGUCGCUGGCAGGCCUCCACAGAGUGCGUACGCGUCGCAGGAAACCGCAGCAGCAUCGGAACAAGCACGUCGUAGCACUAGUGAGGAGACCUUCACUGAGACGGAUAGUGAUGGCACCCGGAGCUAGCACUGCACAUGCUAUGAUGGAGGACAAGGAGAAAGCUCUUUCCAAUGUAUCGAUGCGCAGGCGCCGCAUCAGCCAGUUCGCGCCACUGCUCAUCGCUCUGGUGGGGCUGCCGGCGCGUGGGAAGAGUCAGCUCGCUCAUCGCCUCUCGAGGCACCUUAACUGGAAUGGGGAGAGCACUAAAGUGUUCGACUGCAGCGAGUACAGACGGCGUCACAUGGCGAUGUACGGCAGUCACGACAUCUUCCGCGCAGACAACCUGCAGGGCUCCGCUAUCAGGAGCCAGAGCGCGCGCGAGGCCGUGCAGGACGCCGUGCUGUGGCUCAAGGAUGGGAACAGUGUUGCUAUAUUCGAUGGCACAAAUGUGACGAAGGAGCAGCGUCGGGAACUGAACGAAUGCAUCACCGACAUGGGCUUUAGGAUCUUGUUCAUCGAAUGCGUCUGCGAAGACCAAGAGUUGCUUGAACGAAACAUCAUAGAGAUCCUCCAUUAUUCCGCUGAUUAUAAGACAAUGACGGAAGAGGAGGCGAUUGACGACUUGAGGAAGAAGUUGGAGCAUUACAUGCGUCAGUACGAGCCCAUUGACGCAAAUUCAGAAGCGUUAAGCUUCGUACGCGUUGAGAACAUGGGCGACACAGUAACUGCGCACAAAGUCUCUGGUCAAAAGGAGUCAGGAAUACUCGGUUACUUGUCUGGCAUGAGGGCUUUACCGCAGACCUUAUAUUUCACACGGCACGGGGAGAGUGAAUACAACGUGGUCGGUCGUAUCGGCGGUGACGCGGUGCUGUCUCCGAGGGGUGAGAGCUAUGCUCACGGGCUCGCUGUACAUUUGAAUGAGCUGGCUGCUCAUGAGCCGCUCACAGUUUGGACCUCAGAACUGCGCCGCACCAAGCAGACUGCAGCUGAUAUUAUGGCACCCAAACGAGCGAUCCGUGCACUUAAUGAGCUGGAUGCUGGUAUUUGCGAAGGGUUGACCUACGAAGAGAUGCAAGAGCGUUUCCCUCAAGAGUUUGCUUGGCGUGAUCAAGACAAGCUGCGUUACCGGUACCCGUGGGGCGAGUCUUAUAUAGACAUCAUGACGAGGCUUCGACCUGUACUGUCAGCUCUGGAAGACGAACAUAACGUUGUUGUAGUUGGCCAUCAAGCGGUCCUCCGUUGCAUGUUGGGAUACUUCCUCGACGCUCAGCUUGAUGAGCUCCCGUACAUGAACGUGCCUCUGCAUACAAUCGUGAAGCUGACGUCCUACGGUUACAAAUACAAGCUUGAAAUGAUCAAGUUGCCGAUAGACUGUGUGGACACUCACCGGAAACAACCGAAGAACUGCUCAAUCAACCGUACGACAGCAGACGCGUUGGUAACAGUACCUUCGCACUACGAUACGCUACCAUCUAACAUGUGGCAAAACUCCGAAGCACAACUUUAGGCGACGGUCCCUCGGACCACGGUCCGGUAUUACCAAAUCAGCAUUACCACUGGUCCACCAGACCCAGUGUGAAACGCCCCGGCCCAUCGCGGUUGUGAAAGACCACGGAUGGAAGUACGUGAUAUUCAGUACGUCAUCAUAGCGAUCCGCGUGUACAUAAGCUAUGCGUGCGAGAGAGUGAUACAGAACAUUUUGCGUCUAUUUACUCAGACCAAUUAUAGAAGGACUUGUAUCGCACCCAAAUUCACGAACAAAAUAAUCAUCUUCUGAAGAAAACGAGUUUACAUUAGGUAUAUUAUGUUAUAUACUAAACUAGAAGUGUUUGCUCGUUUUUUACACUAUUCAACUACACAAAAAGGUAUUUUUUUUACGGAGCUCUUGACCGUUGAACACGAUUACAUCUAUGAAACAUCAAUACUGUAGAGACUUUUUAGAGUUUUUAUAAUAGAAUUGGAUCGUUGAUCAUAUACUUUGUCAGAAAACGUCUAGCGAGGCAGGUCCUAUACAGUAAUUGGUCUGAGGUCUCGUUUCAUUGUAUGCGUGAGAGUGAUGGAUGUAUCGUAAAACUUUCAAGACUGAAGGAUUAAUAAAUCCGGCACGUCAAUAAAUCUAUUUUUAAGUAAUAAGUAGUUUAUAGUCUUUUUUUUUUCAAGUAAAUAUAACAAUUUGUGUAGGCGUAUCAUUUACUUUUUUAUUUUAUUAAAUUUUUAUAUUACUUAAAAUAAAUUUAGGAAAAUUUUGUAAUUACUUUAGUUAUUGAUUUAAGUAAUUGAUAUGAUUAGUAAUUUCUAUUACAAUCAGCUAUGUGUUUUUGUUUAAUGUUAAUUGAAAUGUUAGGUGUUUGUGCUAGUGUUAGAUUUAUAAUUACCUGUAAUAUUACGUACACUAGUUAAAUUAGAUUAUAUACCACUCCUAAGACUUACAGUAAAACUUUUGUAAAAUUAAUUAUUUUCAAAUACGUACAAUGUGAUUAGUAGAAAACAGUUCAGACAGUAGUUCUUACAGUACCUACAUAUUUCGUUUAAUAAGUUCUUUAGGGUAUCAUGACAGAUAACUGCCAUUUUUAAUUUACGUUUAAUCUUUCAUUUGUUUACGUUAUUUAGAUUAUAUUUAUAGCUACCUACUACUAGAUACUUUUAGGGUUUUAACUAUUUUAAUUUGUAUAUCAUUUAUUUCAUUAAAUCAUUUAAUCUAAAGGAAUGAAUUCAUUCAAACUAUACAUAUAGCUAAAUUGUUGCAUUUUUGUUCAUAAAACGUCUUGUAUGACUGGUUGUUUGUGAUAGAUCGGCUGUAAAUAUGUUUGUCCUAUAAGGACUGGUAUCUAGGACCGAAAAAUAAAUCAAAAAAAUAAAAAACAUACAUACAGCCGAACAUAGCCCCCUACUCCUUUCGGAAGUCAGUUAAAAACGUAAAAAAAAGUAUCAUUCAAAAUCUAAACAUGCACAUCAAAAUUAAUAUAUAAUAAUUAACUACUCCAUAUUAAAGUUUCUAUAGAAUUUUAGAAUAUUAAGGUGAUAGGUACUUUUAUAAGUGGACGAUGGAGUGUUUUUUAUAAUUACAAUUAGAUACCUACUUUACUCCUAAGUAUAGAAAGUGGUAAACAUAAAAAAUAAUAAUUAUCUAAGUAUGUCUAAGUUAAUUAUCAUAUUUUAGUUAGUUUAAUGUCAAAUAAAUAUCAUGGAUGUGUAUAAAUAUUCUGCAGAGAAAGGACUUAUUCAAAAAAAAACCUCAACCAUAAAUACAGACGCGUUGCGUCUACACUCUAGGUAUCAUCUGCAUAAAAAAAUCUCACAGCGUUGAAACAGGAACGCACAUCAAAUGUGACGAAAAACACUAAAUGCUGAUCUGUUCGGUCAUUUGUAUUGUGAUGAUACACUAUUAAACUUACUAUUUAUUUCGGCUCUAUGGUUUUACUAUUAUUUAUUCGGUUUGUUUGCACUUGCAGGUGUUACUAUCUACAUCACUUUUAUUAUAUUUUUCUACUGAAUGGGGAUGAUGACUAGGUUUGAAUAUAUUGAUUUUUACGAUACAUUCGGGUAAAUAAGGUCAAUGUUAACUAAUUUAUACAUAAAAAGCAAAGAUUGACUGGAUAUUUGCAAAAUAAAUAAGAUUAUAAAAUUUCAAAAUCUACUAUAAAUAUUUUAUCGUAAUUAGAUAAAAAUUCAUACAGUUUUAGGUUCCUUACAUUAAAUUUGACAUUUUUUAAUAUUUGAACUAUAAACAUAAACGCAAAAAUAACAAAGAUAUUAGUAAUUUUGUUUAAACGCCCAUACAAAUCUAACGAUCAUUAAUUGCCUACGGCGUCAUAAGUUCAUACCAUUUUGUAUGGGGCGUUUUUCAGGGAUCCGCGGCAGCGCUGCAAAUCUGACCCUUUAAAUCCCUGUUGCUCCGAAAGUAAUGAUCGCAGAUACCUUAUUACUUUUACAAAAUUGCUUUACUAUUAGCGUACUCUUAAUUUAUUUACAAUUUAAAAAACUGUCAUCAUCCCAUGUCAUGGUAAAGGGACCAUACUCAACAAAGGGCAUGCGUUCAAUCCCCGACGGUAGACUAUAUUCGUAACUCGUCUAAGGAAAGGUCGAAUUUAACGGUGGAGUCACUAAAUAUUUGGUAAAUAUUAAAAAAAAAAUGAGUUAUUUGGAAGUAUCUUUGGCUAAAUGAAUUUUCAUUACCCAUUUGUUGUGGUGCUUAUGUAAUAGUUCAAUCCAUUUUUCGUAUCUUUACACAUCGUAUGUAACUACGUAUAAUAUUUUGAAUGUAUCAAUAAACUUUUAAGUGACAAACAAUAACUGAAUGUGAAAUUGGUAUGUAAAAACUUAGACUUCUUUAAAUAUAAAAUAGUUUUUACGAAA